GUUUAUGAGCUCGGAGUUCCCCUCUCGAGUCUCAUUUUCCGGCGACCGGCAGAAUCCCUCGGUGAGAGUUGGAGAAUAUGGAGGAUGAGGAAGAGUUUGAAGUGAUGAGCGAGGUUCAUCUCGGUUGCCCUCCCGACUCCCAUGGUCCCCAUCUUUCCCGCUUUGUCAUCUCUCCUCCACUUGAAGCUGAAUCCAGCAGAUUUCACAAACUUUUCAUAUGUGAGUCAAGUCCCUCUAAUGAUCAAUCCAUUGCUUUGGAUGAAGAUGGUGAUCUUGUUCUUCCUAGACGCAGAAGCCGAUUCGCUCACUCUUUCACUCUCACUAUUCAGCAUUCUAUCACAUCAACUCUACGUGAUGUUGGUUUGCAGGUCAGUCUCAGCCCGUCCCCUUUCCCUUGCAUUCAUGAUGCAUAUGUAUCUUGUGGAUGUGUGUGGAAAGCAGAACUAGUACUGUCCGAUUUCGUGUUACAUAAGAUGUGCACAUCAUCUGACUUUGAUGGCACUGUCUCUUUGGAGAUUGGCUGUGGAACAGGGUUGGUGGGAAUUUUGCUUGCACGUGUUGCCAAGGUUGUUUUCCUCACCGAUUAUGGAGACGAAAUACUUGACAACUGUGCUCAGAACGUUAAAAUCAAUUCCCCUCUGUUGAAUCCCCUAGCUGUGGUCAAUGUCCGUGAACUCGACUGGAUGGGUCAGUGGCCUCUUCAAAACAGCCUUAGCGAUUGCAAAGAUCCAAAAAGGUAUUCUUGGAGCUCCCUGGACCUGGAACAAGUAAAAAGCGCUACUUUUGUAUACGCUGCAGAUGUAAUAUACAAGGAUGAUCUAACGGUAGCACUGUUCAGCAAGAUAGAGAGAUUGAUGUCGAUGGGUUCAAAAAAGGUGCUAUAUUUGGCAUUGGAGAAGAGAUACAACUUCAGCAUGGAUGAGAUGGAAGUUGUGGCAAAUGGAUACGCAUGCUUCAGAAGAAAUGUGAGAGAAGGUCAAGAGGAAGACAGAGACGAAAGAGGCGAAGUUGGUGGGGAAGCGCAUUGACAUCACAGAGAUACCGCAGUACGUGAAGGGUUACGAACGAGGACAAGAUGUUGAGCUUUGGGAGAUACGAAGUGCUUCAUGAUGUAGGACAUUGUCUCUAUCUCAUUGCAAACGAACCCCCCAAAGACCGCAUUGCAUUGGGGGUGUUGUUCUCUGGAACGAGGGUACUGACAACUCCCAAACAUGAAAAGGAGAAAGAGUAAGGAACCUCGGCUGGUACAAUUUAAUCAAUUAAGAACAAGACCUUAAGCAGA